GUUGACGAACAUUAAAGGAAGUCAUGGAAAAUCUUCUGGCCGCGUUUGCGGGAACGCUGACGACUUGGGCGGUUACGGCGCUGGGUGCCGCGGUCGUGUUCUUCGCGCAGCCGUCACAAAAGUUUCUGGAUGGUUGCCUUGGGUUUGCCGCUGGCGUGAUGCUGGCGGCAUCGUACUGGUCUCUCCUUGCCCCUGCCAUCGAGAUUGCCGACACAUCUGGCGCCUACGGCGUGUGGUCCUUUGUGCCGGCGGCUGUGGGUUUCCUGUUUGGCGCAUGGUUUGUGUACAUUGCAGAUAAGCUGUUCCCAGCGGACCUGUUCAUGCUGGCGGACGAGAACAAGAAGGACGACGAUGGCGCGUCGAGUAUGGGCCAAGGUGGGAACCGCAGGCAGUCUGGUACCGCGUCGUCUGCUCGCAAAAACCCAUCGGAAGGCAAAGCCAUGCGCCAGCGCUACAUGAGCAAGGCAGACUUGAUGGAAUCGCAAGCAGAUGAAGCUCAUGGGUCUGGGGAGGGAGGCACAGCAGCCACAGCAGAUGGUGCACACGUGCUGUCCUCGCCCGCAAAGCGGUGGCGCCGCACACUGCUUCUCGCCAUCGCCGUCACUGUCCACAACAUCCCGGAGGGCCUUGCUGUUGGGGUUGGGUUUGGCUCCAUUGGUCGCUCGCCCUCCGCCACCUUUGCCGGCGCCUGGGCCCUCGCUGUCGGCAUCGCAAUCCAGAACUUUCCUGAAGGCAUCGCCGUCUCGCUUCCGCUGCACCGCGCCGGGUUCUCAAAGUGGCGCAGCUUCUGGUACGGCCAGCUGUCUGGGAUGGUUGAGCCUGUUGCCGGGGUGCUUGGUUGCGUGUUUGUGGGCAUCGCUGAGCCCGCGCUCCCGUUUGCGCUCGCGUUUGCUGCCGGCGCCAUGAUCUACGUUGUCCUUGACGACAUUGUUCCUGAAGUCUGCGCAGGGCCCAACGCCACGUUUGCCAACUGGUCGGCGAUGGUCGGGUUUGUCGUCAUGAUGUCCCUAGAUGUCGCCCUCGGCUGAUGCUGACGAUGCCGGCCAUGAUGGUGGCGGCUUUGACGCAGUGUUCGAGUUUGCCCGUGUUUGUCUGUGUUUGUGGAUUUGAUUGUACAUAUCUUCUGGUUUGCCUGCUUCUUUCACUCAACAGCGCACGCUGUUUUGCUUUCUUGGUUACAUACAGUUCACGUCUCCCUCCACGCGCGUGUCUGUGCAACAUGUUUGACUGUGGCUGAGGUUCGUGUACAUCAGCAAUUUACUUCUUUGUCUCGAAAAGUAAACAACAACAGCAACA